AUGGAUUGUUCUCAGUCUGGAAAUGCAGACGCCACAAUAGAGACGGAUGGGAGCGUGAACGCUGCGAAAGAUGAUACAGAUGAAGACAAAGAAAAGCAUGAAGAAGUCGUCCCUGUGCGUAAGGCCUCCUGGGAGCCCAGUGUGCUUUCCACCAUUGGAAAGGAGAUCCAUUAUUUCGCCGGUCAUGAGAUCAGCAUCUGGGAGUCUCUCGAUUCAUUUGGUUCUGUCAUCUGGCCAGCAGCUCUGGCUCUGUGUCGCUACCUUGAGACCAACCAAGCGACGGUUGACCUUGUUGACAAGGCGGUGCUAGAGAUUGGCGCCGGCACAGGUCUCAUUUCUAUCGUGGCCAGUCUGUUGGGUGCUUGGGUAACAGCAACUGACCUGCCUGAAGUUCUCGGGAACCUGAGAUGCAACCUGUCCAGAAACACAUGGGGCCGCUGCAGAUACACGCCGCAGGUGGCGGAGCUCUCUUGGGGUUAUGAGCUCGAUAAGACCUUCCCUCAUUCAGUCUACAGAUACGACUAUAUAUUAGCAGCCGACAUGGUCUAUCACCAUGAUUAUCUAGCAGAAUUACUAGUCACCAUGCGCCACUUCUGCCAGCCGGGUACAACCCUCAUAUGGGCCAACAAGACCCGCUUCGAUUCUGAUCUGGUGUUUGUGGAGAACUUCAAAAAAACAUUCAACACCAACCUGCUGGCAGACAACGGAGACGUAAAGAUUUACUCUGCCACCACGAGAGAAGAAAGUGGCCUAGAGACGUUAGACGAGACUAAAGGGGAUGUGAGGAAAGGAGUGGACGAGGAUGAAACGGUCAACAAAAAGACAAAGAAAGAGAUGAAGGAAGGAAAGAUCAAACAGACAGAAAAGUUUGUAGAACAGGUUCAGGAACAUGAAAAGAAAGAUGUACAAUUUAGAGAAGAGCAGGCUACAGGUUAUGUUGAUGUGGAAAAACAGGAGGAUGGAAACCUGAACAAUAUCGACGACGACAACACAAACCUUGAAACUGAACCUGAUGAUAGUGAAGAUGAAGACAACGACGGCUGCUGUGAGAUGGAUUCAGCGUUUGUAGAGCAGAAAUCUGAUGGAAGCACAGAGAAUGAUAAACAACGGGAGUACAUGAGAUCCUGGGCACCGACUAUUUGCUUCAGAGCCGGGAAAAAAGUUUAUAAUUUUUUGAGCCAGGAAAUUACAAUUCAGGAGUCCAUCGAUUCUUACGUUGUACCUGCCAACACAGAACCACCAGAGCGCAGAUCCUGGGCUCCCGCCGUCUACUACGGUCUUGGCAAGGAGAUCUACUACUUUCUCGGUCAUGAAAUCAAAAUUCAAGAAGCCAUAGACCAUUAUGGCGGUGUGCUAUGGCCAGCGGCAUUGGCCCUUUGCCGAUUUCUGGACACCCCAAUGGGCAGACAGCAGAUUAAUCUACUUGACAAAUCAACGCUGGAGCUCGGAGCAGGAACAGGCCUCGUCUCGAUAGUUGCCACACUUCUCGGUGCUAAACUGACAGCCACGGAUCUGCCAGAAAUCCUCGGUAAUCUGAGGUGCAACUUGAACCGGAAUACCAGGUGGCACUGGAGACAUGAGCCUCAGGUUACAGCAUUGCAAUGGGGCUACAAACUGGAGGAGACGUUUCCCCGUUCCACGCAUUAUUACGAUUACGUGCUGGCAGCUGAUGCGGUCUAUCACCACGACUGCCUCGCUGAGCUUCUUGACGCCAUGCUUCACUUCUGUCAAAUGGGGACAACGGUAAUCUUUGCAAACAAGGUCCGGUAUCAGUCAGAUCUGGUAUUUAUUGAGAACUUUCAGAAAGCUUUUAACACCACAUUACUGACAGAGCUGGACGAGGUGAGGAUUUACUCAGCUACCAUGAGAAUCUGAUGACGUGAACCAGAAGGCUUUCUGGACUACACUGCCGGCACAGGUAGAGGAGGUGAAGAUAUGUGGCUGUGGCUCACGUUUGUUUAAGGAACCAACACCAUGUUCACACUGCAGACAAUUCCCAUUGGUUUGUUACAUCAAUCUGCCAACAUCGACGUUUGCAAGUUAUCAAAUCAGCAUCUUUAGGUAAUUUCCAGAUAUAUUCAUUUGGCAUCCAAAUAUGGGCCAAGACCUACAACAAUAGGUUGGCAGUGUUAUAAUAUUUGGAUCGGCCCAAUUCUUUUUUGCUAACUUGUCAAAUAUUCGUAUACCAACUUUGUGGAACUCAGAUUUCAAACUAAAUAGGAUUUAUUUUAUAUGUGGCCAACUCGAAUCCAAUUACUUGUGUUUUUUGAUUGGUUUAAUUUAAAUUUUCACAUUUAUUUUCAGACUAUACAUUUACGUGGUUUCAUGUGAUAUUAGAUGAGAUUCAUUCCAGUCAGUUCAGAAUUCAAGUUGUUUUUGUCAUCUUUCAGUUUGAUUCGGAUUGAACUCAUUCUGAUUUGAUCAAUUGCGAAAGAACAGCACGAACAUUAAAACCUCAAGAUGGGUUUUGAAAAACAAAUCCGAAUGGUCUGCACUGAAAAUAAAGCCACGCUGAUUAUAGAUGUAGACGCUUAUGAAAACUAAUCUGAUUGAAAUUUUGUUUUGUGAACCUAGACUACAACAGGAUAGAGAAUUUAUAAAGAGUUUGUAACUAAACCUUUGCACAAAUAUACAAUAAACACUGUAAUGAAUUAUUCACGAAACAAAAAUUCCAACAAAACAUAGGCAUAAUUAUUGAACCUUUAAAAAACAAAACACAUCCGGAGGGUAAAAUGGUGAGUAAUACAAGUUUAGGAUGUUUAAAUAAAGCUUAAAUGAUUUAAAAACAAUGU